AGAAGGCAGCCGCCACAGUUGUCCUAGCAGCAAGUGAGGCUUCGGCAAAUGUUCUCUUGAGCAUGCGUGAGCGAUCUGAGCAUGCUCAAUUUCACUUAGGACCAGAUUCUCCUAGGAUCUAGCGUUGGGUCAAGUUUUUCCGAAUAGAAACCCCCACUUCUCCUCUCUCAGCUGGUUUCCGGUUGGCCUGUGGCGGGGCUCAGCCUGGAGGUUGUCAGUUCUCCUAAGAUGGCGGAUGGAGGCGACGGCGAGGGAGGGAUGGCUGGAACGGGCGGCGCUGCCCCAGUCAAGCCUCCGGAGUUGGCCAGGUGGUGGGAUGAAAGGCUUGAUUUCCAUACUGCCUUUCUCCAGCAUUUGGCAAAAGUUGUUCCAGAUAUAUAUUCUGAUGAAAUGGAUCCCUUGCCAGAAAAGGAGGAAGAAAUAGCUCAGAUGACCAUUCUUUACCCUCUGGAGCGGCAACUGUUUGGGGAAGAUCCAUAUGUUUGUCUGGAGAAACUAAGGCAAAGUGGCACCUCUCAACUUUGCGGUAAAGUGUUCAAAAGUGGAGAGACAACAUAUUCUUGCAGAGAAUGUGCAAGUGAUCCAACUUGUGUACUUUGUGUGGAUUGUUUCCAGAACAGCAUUCACAAAAAUCAUCGUUACAAGAUGCACACUUCCAGUGGAGGAGGAUUUUGUGACUGUGGAGAUACAGAAGCAUGGAAGACUGGACCAUUAUGUUCAAACCACGAGUCUGGUACAACAGGCAAUACAGGACAGAACUCAGAAUGCCAGUUGAAUGAAGAGCUAAUAGCACAAGCAAGAAAAAUCUUCCCUUCAGUGAUAAAAUAUAUUGUAGAUAUGACUGUUUGGGAGGAAGAGAAGGAGCUGCCUCCAGAGCUUAUGACUAGUAGAGGGAAAAGAGAGAAAUACUACUGUGUCCUUUUCAACGAUGAGCAUCAUUCCUAUGAUCAUGUUAUCUACAGUCUGCAAAGAACUCUAGGCUGUGAGCUUGCAGAGGCCCAGUUUUAUACAGCUGCUAUAGAUAAAGAGGGGCGGAAAGCUGUUAAGACAGGGUCAUAUGCUGUUUGUCAGGAAGCAAAAGAAGAAAUUAAGAAACAUUCAAGCAAUGUUUCCCAAGGUCCUCUUAAUGUGAAGGUACUUCACGCUGAUAUUAUGGCUCAUCAGAAAUUUGCUUUGCGUCUUGGUUCCUGGUUAAACAAACUUAUGAGCUAUUCAAGUGACUUUCGUCAGAUCUUCUGCCAAAUAUGUCUAAACGAAGAAACUGAUCCAGACAAAUCUUGUCUUAUAAGCACAUUGUUGCUUUGGGAUGCAAAACUUCAUAAAGGAGCAAGGAAGAUCUUACAUGAAUUAAUUGUCAGUAGUUUCUUCAUGGAAAUGGAAUACAAAAAACUUUUUGCCAUGGAAUUUGUUAAGCAUUACAAAGCAUUACAGAAAGAUUAUAUCAGUGAUGACCAUGAAAAACAAAUUUCUGUGAUAGCACUUUCAGUUCAGAUGUUCACUGUCCCUACAUUGGCCCGGCAUCUCAUUGAAGAGCAAAAUGUAAUCACUGUCAUAACAGAGACACUACUUGAAGAGCUGCCAAAAUAUUUGGAUAAAAAUGGCAAGUUCAAUUUCCAGGGUUAUAGCCAAGAGAAACUCAGCAGAGUGUAUGCAGUUAUAUAUGAUCUCAAAUAUAUCUUAAUCAGUAAGCCUACUGUGUGGACAGACAAACUGCGAGAACAGUUUUUGGAAGGGUUUCGUUCGUUCUUGAAGAUCCUGUCUUGCAUGCAGGGAAUGGAGGAAAUAAAGAGGCAAAUUGGCCAGCAUAUUGAAGUGGAUCCUGAUUGGGAAGCAGCCAUUGCUAUCCAGAUGCAAUUGAAGAAUAUUCUUUCGAUGUUUCAGGAGUGGUGUGCCUCUGAUGAAGAAUUGUUGGUGGCAGCUUAUAAGGAAUGCCAUGCAGCAGUAAUGAAAUGUAGUGCAAGCUACCGUUCAAAGGACAAGAUAAGGAUUCGCUUAUGUGGCCAUACUCUGGAAGCCAGGCGCUUCAAGGUAUCUGCAGAUCCUGUUAGUAUACAUCUACCAUUGUCCAGGAUGCUUGCUGGUCUGCAUGUACAAUUGAGCAGAACUGGAGUAAUCUCCAGACUCCAAGAAUUUAUAUCAUCUGAAGAAUUCCAAGUGCAGCUGUUGGUAGAAUAUCCUUUGCGUUGUCUUUCGCUGGUUGCUCAGGUUGCUGCCGAAAUGUGGAGAAGGAAUGGACUAUCACUGAUCAGUCAGAUAUUUUAUUACCAGGAUGUUAAAUGUCGAGAAGAAAUGUAUGAUAAGGAUAUCAUCCUUCUCCAGAUUGGGGCAGCUUAUAUGAAUCCAAAUGCCUUCCUUUUGCUGGUACUUCAACAGUAUGAAUUAUUUGAUGCCUUCAACAAAAUUGUGCCAACCAAAGAUCAGGAUUUGAAUAAGCAAUGUAAUACAUUGAUAGAAGAGAUGCUUCAAGUUCUUAUCUACAUUGUAGGAGAAAGAUACGUACCAGGGAUCAGUAAUGUGACGAAAGAUGAUGUAAUUAUGCGAGAAAUUAUCCAUUUGCUGUGCAUUGAAUCAAUGGCACACAGUGCUAUUGCAAAAUCUUUGCCCAAGGAUGAAAACAAUGAGACUGGUUUGGAGGAGGUUAUCCACAAAGUGGCCAUAUUCAAAAAACCAGGUGUAUCAGGCCAUGGCGUUUAUGAACUGAAGGAAGAGUGCUUCAAGGAGUACAAUAUAUUCUUUUACCAUUAUAGAAAGCCUCAGCACAGCAAGGCUGAACACAUGGAAAAGAAAAGAAGAGCUCAAGAAAACAGAGAUGAAGCACUGCCACCCCCUCCACCUCCAGAAUUCAGUACUGCUUUUGGAAACGUGGUGAAAAUUCUGAACUCUGAUAUCAUGAUGCACAUUCUUAGAACUGUCUUGCAAAGACCACUAGAUCUAGAAAACCAUUUGUGGACAGAACUCAUGAUCCAGAUGGUUCUUCAUCUCCUUGCUUUGGGUUUGCUAGAAGAAAAACAGCAGUUAGAGAAGACUCCAGAGGAUGAAGUGAACUUUGACUUUUAUCACAAAGCAUCUAGAAUGGGAAGCUCUGCUUUGAAUGCAAUGAACAUACUAAUGAUUUUGGAAAAACUAAAAGGAAUUCAACAGCUGGAAUCACAAAAAGAUAUGAUUAAUUGGGUACUACAGAUGUUUGAAACAGUAAAACGUUUGAGGGAGAAGUCUUGUUUUUCUACAGUAGCAGCUGCAUCUGGAUCAGAUUCUGCAAAAGGCAAUGAGGCUGCCUGUUCUUUUCUGCCGCUAAAUAAGAUGCAAGGAAUUCAGGACAAGGAGAAGGCUGAGAGGAAGAGGAAGGCAGAAGCAGCCAGGCUACAUCGUCAGAAAAUUAUGGCACAGAUGUCUGCUUUGCAGAAGAAUUUCAUUGAAACUCACAAGCUCUUAUAUGAAAAUACACAAGAAACACCAGGAAGAGAUGAUAUGGAAGACGAGAGCAAUCUUCCAGUUAUAGAUUAUACAAGAAUUGCUUUGGGGCCGAAGCGAGGACCCUCUGUUGCAGAAAAAGAAAUGCUGACAUGUAUCCUAUGUCAGGAAGAACAGGAAGCGAGGCUAGAACAUGCUGCCAUGGUUUUAUCUGCCUGUGUUCAGAAAUCCACUGCCUUAACCCAGCAUAGGGGAAAAAUCCUUGAACUUUCAGGAGAUAAAAUAGAUCCUCUUUUCAUGAACCCUGACUUGUCAUGCGGAACUCACACUGGAAGCUGUGGUCAUGUGAUGCAUGCAUCCUGCUGGCAGAAAUACUUUGAAGCCAUUCAGCUAAACUCUCGGCAACAUCAUCAUGUUGAACAGGUUUUCGACUUAGAGAAUGGAGAAUACCUCUGCCCACUUUGCAAAUCUCUGUGCAACACUGUAAUACCUAUUAUUCCAUUGCAAACACACAAAAUAAACAGUGAGGAUGCAGACAUGGUGGCUCAGCUUCUGUCUUUGAAAAAAUGGAUAGAAAUUGUUAUUGCCCGGAUCUCAGGUUUUAACAAGAAGAACAUUGAAGAAACAAAACAAAUCGCUUCAUCUCUCCUUGAUAAAGAAAUGGAAGAUGCCUCAUCUGAUUUUCAUUCUAUUCUUAGCUUUGGAGUUCAGCCAUUAGUGAAGUAUUCUAAUAGCAUCAAGGAGAUGGUGGUUCUCUUUGCUACUGCGAUCUACAGAAUUGGAUUAAAAGUUGCUCCUAGUGAAACUGAUCCACGCAUUCCUAUGAUGACUUGGAGCACAUGUGCUUUUACUAUCCAGUGUUUAGAAAAUCUUCUAGAAGAUGAGCGCAAGCCUUUAUUUGGUUCUCUGCAAAAUAGACAGCACAGUGGUCUUAAAGCUCUGGUGCAGUUUGCAGCUGCUCAGAGGACUACACUACCACAAAGCCUGAUUCAGCAACAUCUUGUACGUCUCCUAGGAGUUCUUUUGCCUAGUUUAAAAGUGGAAGACACGCCAUCCCUUCUAGAUGUAGAUCUGUUCCAUUGUUUGGUUGGUGCUAUAUUAUCAUUUCCAUCUUUGUAUUGGGAAGAUCCUGUAGACUUGCAACCUUCAUCUAUUAGUUCUGCCUGUAAUCAUCUUUACCUCUUCCAUUUGGUCACUAUGGCACACAUAACACAAAUUAUUCUCACUACAACAGCAGAACAUCCCGCUGCUCAGAUACAGAGUGAUUGUGAGGAGGCACAUGCUGCUGACUCUUUUUGUAAAGAGCUUUGCAGAUACACACAUGGUUGCUAUAGCCAAAGAGUUCCUGGUUGGUAUUUGUGGGAUUGUAUUAAGAGGGGCAUCACACCCUAUCUCCGUUGUGCUGCUCUGUUUUUCCAUUACUUGGUGGGAGUGCCGCCACCUGAGGAACUUACAUUGGUUUCAGAAGACUAUCAGUUCAAGGCACUUUGUGACUACUUGUCUCUGCCCACCAAUUUGUUCUUGCUUUUCCAAGAAUAUUGGGAUACUAUCGAACCCUUUCUCCAAAGAUGGUGCACAGAUCCAACUGUUCUCAGCUUUCUGAAGGGGAAAAGUAUCACAAUAAGCUACCCAAGGAAAAAAAAUAAAUUGGUAGAACUUCCAGAAGACUACAGCUGCCUUUUGAAUCAAGCUUCUCAGUUUAGAUGCCCUCGAUCUUCUGAUGAUGAAACCAAGCACCCUGUAUUGUGUUUGUUCUGUGGGGCUAUGUUGUGUUCCCAAAACACCUGCUGUCAGGAGCUCAUGAAUGGGGAGGAGGUGGGAGCCUGCGCUUCACAUGCCAUCCAUUGUGGUGCUGGAGUGUGCAUCUUUCUCAAAAUUAGGGACUGCAAAGUUGUCCUGAUUGGGGGCAAAAUCAGAGGCGCUUUUUAUCCUGCACCAUAUUUAGAUGAAUAUGGGGAAACAGAUCCAGAUCUUGUAAGAGGCAACCCGCUACAUUUAUGUCAUGAACGAUACUGGAAACUCCACUUGUUAUGGCAGCAACACUGCAUCAUAGAAGAGAUUGCUCGGAGCCAGGAAACUAACCAGAUCUUCUUUGGAUUCAACUGGCACCUACUCUGAGUAUUGGACUCUACUAGACUGAAUUGCCAUAUCUUAAAAAGUACUUAAGUACUGAAAGACAUACUGAAAUGCUUACAGUAAGGAGAAAUGACUAGCCCAGGUUCAGGUAUUAAAACCUUUAUUGGUUCACACAUCAAAAACAUACAUGCUCAGACAGACACACGCAUACAGUGAGUGCUGAUUAAUAAGAACCAGAAAUUGCUGGAUUAGGAAUGGGAUGUCACACGUUUUGGUGAGUUGACUUUGAUCAACCAAGUCAGCUUUGUACAACUAAUUUAGACAUUGUGAACUACCUUCUGUUAUCCUUAGAUCCAAUCUUAAUCCAAAUAAAAGGAUAUAUAAUAUUUUCUAUCAUGUAUAUUGGCAGAAAUUCAGAAUGCACCCAUGACCUUUUAAAUGGCUUCAGGGCUUCUGGAUGUGGUGGUGGUGGUGAUGAUGUACUUAGACCUAUUUAAUUCCUCCGUAUUCUACUUUUGUUUCCUCCUCCAGCUUAGCAGUUCUCACAGUAGCCAUAGUGUGUACCUGGCAUGGUAGGUGACCAUCUUAGGCGGUGCAAUGUUGCCAGGCAUCUAGUUAUCCACAGCAACAGUCAAAGGGUGAAGAAGUGCAAGUAAGAAUACCCUGUGAAGGUUUUUGAAAUUUACUUGAGAAUACUUUGAGAAGAAAAAUGUGAGUAGUAAUCUGCUGCUUAAAUCAACAAUGGAACCCCCCCACCCCGCUAAUAUUUUAAGUCUCUUUAAUCAGUACACCCCGGGGGCUCACAACCCACUGCCAAGGUGUGGCUGUGGUAGCCAGACGUUGUUCAAGCUGUGGUACCUUGCUUACCAUGGAUCAGCAUAGACUGUAGACUGCAGUAAAGCUGCUUAAGUGCACAUCUGCUUUCCAGCAUCUAGAGGCUAAUAGAAGUUAGAGCAAUUAAAUAAAGAUGGAAGCUAGUUCAAGGUAUGUACAAAGGCCCUUUAGUUGAGUCUUAAGUUUUGAUUCUGUGGAGAGUUCGGUGACUGCAUGUUGUCUGGUGUCAUCAUGCUAACUGCACAAACAAGUUGUUUUCUAUAGCUAGUAAUGUAUUUAGGUUGGAAUUGCAAUGUUUGAGUCACUCCUUGUGUAUGGGUUAGAGCUGUGAUUAUGUCCAAGGGAGCUUGUAAUGAAAUAAGAAAAAGUAACCUAUGCCUUCUGUAACUAUCACCUCCCAAGGAAUUAGCUUUUUUCAGUCGUAAAACUCUGACACACUUUAUUUGUGUGUUCUGGCCUUCCUCUUCCUUUUUGAAUGACCCUUUGCAUAGGUUUCAGAUUUUAAGAGAUAUGAAAGAGAAGGAUAUGAAAUGCUGUAUGGAUUUUUGUGAGAGGAAAUAAAUGUUUUCUAUUUCUUAAAAAACAAACUAAACAAUUUCCGAUUGGCAAUAUAAAAUGGCAGGUGGUGAAACUGGAAGAUAGGACUUGCCAAUUAAUAUACAUGUGUGCACUAAAGAGAUAUUAUCUCUGUUAUAGGCUAAGUAGGGUGAAUUAGAAUGUUGAUUAUGUUUGGUAUUUAGAUGAUCCCUUUAAAAACUUUGCUUACUUAUCCCUUUAAGUUUUCUGUGCAGUGCAAACGAUCUUCUGUGCCUGUCUGUCUUUAGUUUAGUGCCACAAAGAUUUUGUUGUUUCCCUGGGUUUUUAAAAAAUAUGGUGAGUCCCUCUGCAGAUUAGCAUCAUUAUGGCGAGUUCCAAUCAGAAACUAAAGCAAGUUACAAAAACAGUUGUUACGAAGGCAUAUGUACUGAGGUUAGUGGAGAGUGUUCCAGUAGCACUGCAUGCUAAGCAGAGAUUAAUCAAAGUUCUUCCUUCAUUAUAGGUGUCUUUCCGAUCUUUACUUAAUGCAACACCUUUUGAUUAGAUAACCAUUUAUUCAUAAGUUGCUUAGGAUUUUACAGAGGAAUUUUACUUUGAUAUGUCCUACUGCAGUAGUUUUAUCAUAUCCUCAGAAGUGCUUCUUUGUUAGUGCAGGAGGACCUCGCACUGUUUUUGGCAUCCUGCCCUAUUUUUCUUAUGUAGAUCAUCCUUCCCCAACCCUGUGCCUUCCAGUCACGUUUGGACAGCAACACCCAGAAUUCCUAGUCAAUAGUCCUGCUGGAUGGGAAUUCUGGAAGUUGUGGUCCAAAUGCCUCUGAAGGCCACCAGGUUGGGGAAGGUUGAUGUAAAUGAUUCCAAAAUAUCAAAUUCUUCUGUUCUCCCAGAAAUAAAAUAGUGAUCUAAAAAUGUCCUGAAUAUGACAUCUUGCUGUGGUUACUUGGAAAGAGAGGCUGGGAAGCAAGAUAUCUAAUGAAGAGGAACAAGAUGAGUGCAACAUUCACUGUGGUUUCUCAAACAAGCAAGCAGUGAAUUUAAUCUUGAAAACAGUGGGCAUCAUCCAGCCAGCACUUGAGAGUUCCACUGAUUUCAGUUAGAGUUAAGCCAUUGUUUAUGAUCUUAAAUCAAAUACUUUUGGACUUGAAAAUAUUUUAAUGCUGGCUGAAUUGUAAAAUUAAUUUGCAUUUCAGUCAUAUAUGAAUGCUGCUAUCACUGACUUCAACAGUGUACAAUUGCAAUAGUUAGGACAAAGUAUAUGUGGUCCUUUAGAGGAAGCAGACAUUUCACUGAUCAAUCAUUUGGAGAGAUGGGGAUACUAGUGGAACUGAAUUGAGCCCCCUCCUUACAGCCAGUGGGUGGGAUUCUAGCUUCAUUUCAAAGGCUAUGUGCAUGCAGGACAGUAGUCUGCUCAGGGCAAGGAAUUAGGCACACAACAGAUCUUUGCACGCAGUUCCCUAUCCAGCUUAAAGGUAUGUAUGCAGAAACCCAGCUGGAUUUCAGUGCUUGUACUCACUGCUCAGUUUCUUGCUAAAACUCUCCUGAAUUGAGCUGGGGCAGGGGGAGUAAAACAGUGGCUUCUGUUCUUACGUGUUUGGACUUUUCUAGCAGAUGAGUUCAACAUUCAUGCACAGGUUAAGGGCGAAUGGUCAUUUGUAAUUCCUUCAAUGACUAUGCAGUUUGGUUCACUGUGAGUAUAGUCUGUAUUUAGUGAACACACAAUACUAAAUGCCACUGAUUUGAUUUAUAAGGACUAUAAAUGGAAUUUUAUUUACAUACAUGCAUAUAUUGGUAUCCUUUAAUUGCAAAAAUGUAAAUUUGAGCAUUGUAUAACGUUCUUGUCCUUUUAAAUAUCUUUAUGUAUAUUUAAAAAGGAAAUAAAGUAACUUCUCAUA